GUCCGGCUGCCGGCCAGACUUGCCACCCUAGCAUCGGCGGUCCAGGGGUCUGGUGGUUAAGUGCCACUUGCUGAGCGGCCGGCAUGGAGGCGUCGCGCUAUGGACUCGGACCCCGGGGGGACAGUGCCUUUGAAGAUGAGACCAUGAAGCUUCGGCAACUGAAACUGGACAAUCAGAGAGCACUGCUGGAGAAGAAACAGAGAAAGAAGCGCCUGGAGCCACUCAUGGUGCAGCCAAACCCAGAGGCCCGGCUACGGCGGUUAAAGCCAAGAGGUAGUGAGGAGCACGCGCCUCUGGUGGAGCCACAGACUCCUCUCAAUGAUGUCAUCCUACAUGGUAUUGAUGGUCCAGCUGCUUUCCUGAAGUCAGAUGCUCAUGAUUUAGAAGCCAAACUUCAUGUUCUCUCAGUAGGUUCUUCUGCUACAGAAGAAGAUACUGAAGGUAGUAUUGAUGGGGAAAGCACUCUGGAUACUGCUUCCAAGCCAGACCUAGAGGAGAUUCUCCAAAAACAUGGCAUCUCAAGUAGUUUGAACUUUGAUGAGGAAGAGACGGAUGGUGAGGAAGAAGAAGGAAAAAAAUUAAGUUCCCAAUCACCAGAAACCGAGAGACCCAGUUCUUCGUCCAGCCAGAAAUCAGCCACAAAUCCAGGAGCUUCCUGUACUGCAUCCCAGCAGGUUGAUAACCAGCUGGGAGAAGUGGAGAAUUUGGAAGAUUUUGCAUAUAGUCCUGCCCCUCGAGGUAUCACAGUGAAGUGUCGGAUAACCAGGGAUAAAAAAGGAAUGGAUCGGGGUCUCUUUCCCACCUACUUUAUGCACUUGGAAAAAGAUGAGAACCGGAAGAUAUUUCUUCUUGCAGGUAGAAAGCGGAAGAAAAGCAAAACAUCCAACUAUCUGAUUUCUACUGAUGCAACAGAUUUAUCUCGUGAAGGGGAAAGUUACAUUGGCAAACUCAGAUCCAACCUCAUGGGGACCAAGUUCACAGUGUAUGACCAUGGAGUCAGCCCAGUCAGGGCCCAGGGUCUAGUGGAAAAGGCUCACACCCGGCAGGAGCUGGCCGCCAUCUGCUACGAAACAAAUGUACUUGGGUUUAAAGGCCCUAGGAAAAUGUCUGUGAUUAUUCCAGGGAUGAACAUGAAUCAUGAGCGAAUCCCAUUUCGGCCACGAAAUGAUCAUGAGAGCUUGCUUUCAAAAUGGCAAAACAAAACCAUGGAAAACUUAAUCGAACUGCACAACAAGGCCCCAGUCUGGAAUGACGACACUCAGUCCUAUGUGCUCAACUUUCAUGGCCGGGUCACUCAGGCAUCUGUAAAGAACUUCCAGAUAGUCCAUGAAAAUGACCCUGACUACAUAGUCAUGCAGUUUGGACGUGUGGCAGAUGAUGUGUUCACACUGGACUACAACUACCCGCUGUGUGCACUUCAGGCCUUUGCAAUUGGGCUUUCUAGCUUUGACAGCAAGCUAGCGUGCGAGUAAAAGAAAAAGCAAGAGAGAACUGGGUUCUCCUGCUACAAAGCUUUUAGGAGCAGGAAGUCGCCACCUUGACCUUGCAGAACAUGAAGAGCAAGAGUAUGCCCCUUUUGGAAUGAAUCCUGUGUGCGUGUGUGUGUGUGUGUGUCUAUAUGCAUAUAUGUAUAUAUAUACAUGAAUGUACACACACACACACACACACACACACACACACACAUAUGCUGUCUCUGGGCUCCAGAGACUUGGUCAAGGAUCACAGCUUAGCUUAUCUUGGGUGAGAGAUAGUUUAAAGCACAGAAGGUUCUUCUCAGGAGCACAUUAGUGAUUCCUGAAGUUAUUGCCCAACAGAUUCUAUACCUCAAGAAUGAGAUUCCUAUGAUUGGAGAUUUGCAGCAGAAUGAUUAAAUAUUUGGGUCUUUUUUUUUUUUUUUUUGAAGGCCUUUUUAGAGAGUGAUGGUUCCCUAAAUUGCCUUUAGUCUCCAGGGCAAGAGCCUACAAACUUUUUCUUCAAAUGGCCUAAUAGUCUCUCUCACAGCUACUCAAAUCUGCAUUUGCAGUGCAAAAGUAGCCAUAGAUAUUUCAUGCACAAACAAGUGUGGCUGUGUUCCAAUAAAACUUUAUUUACAAAAACAGGCGGCAGGCCAGAUUUGGCCUGUGGGUUCUGGUUUGCUGACCCCUGCUUCAGGUAUAUGCAUAUACUCUGUGGACUUGAGUAUCUUCCAGAAGGGGCCUGUGAUCAUGAAAUCAUGAGUAGAUAAUGGCACCCAGGGAACAACAAUCCUAUGGAUUGUAUCUGAAGGCGUACUUAUGCUAUACCCAUUGUUAUAUAGCUUUUACUUUGUUUUGGUGACAGUGGUUCUAGAUUGUCAUCUACCAUUGGGACCAAGAAAACCCAAAGACAGUGAUCAUUUUGAGUCCAUACGGGUGACUGUAUUCUGCUUUCCCACCCACAGGAGAAGGUAGUGCCUGCACUUUACCCACCUGGAAGAAAAACUUAUGUGCACCAGGAAACCCACAUAGAAGUGUUUUCUCUUUAUCAGAGAGAGUGUGGGAUUUGCUUCUUGGGACCAGCUUCUUUUUCCAUGGAAUGGGAAGGUUCUGACAUCACCGUUCCCCUCUUCUCUCUCUUCCCUCAGAGUAGGUGGGUAGGCAGCAAUCUCAAGUGGCUGUGACCAGAUUUGUGAUCAACGAUGUGAAAAUUUUCUCUAAUUGCCUUUGUUUCAGUUUAGGCUGAAAGCAUACACUCCAGAGGGGACUUAGUCUAGUGAAGACUGAGGGUCAUUUGAUAGUUGCCUUUGUUCUCAACCCAGUUGUGCCUCCCACAGCUAUGACACUGUGGAGCCACUAGUGUGGAGGGCCACACACACCUGCAGACAUUGGAAGAGACAAGGGAACAUGUGUGCAAGAACUAUAUCAGUGUCAUUGUCAAGAAAGGUGGCAGGAGAGGCUUGGUGAGUACAGCUAGCUGUCUCGAGCUCUGCAGACCUUACUGGGAGGAGCUUUGGGCUCUUCUUGAUGUCCACAUUACUGCUCCCUAAAGCCUGGUCCAUCAGUGCAGGUGUACUGCUCCUGUCACUUUUCCUUCAGAUUCUAAGAUUUCUGCUAAGUGUUGCAGAUUAUGAGCACCUCCCAGCAAAUUAUGAUUCUUACACAAAUUCAAGGGCACCACAGUGUAUCUGAACGUGAGAAUGCAAAAACUUUGUGAGUUCUACACUGAGCAUCAUUCGAGUCCCAAGCCUUUGGGCACUGAGCUGUUUGCCAGCAUGGGGCAAAGAAUCUGGCCGUGGCUCUGUGAUAUUUUUCUCCCUUUGUCCCUGCUUCCUGUUGCUCCUUUCUCCACAUCAAAUAGCCACAUAAAGGCAAGAGAUCCAGGAGAUGAGAAGAUCCUGUGCUUAUCCCCCACUGGCAAGUCUGCCCGCUUGUUUUGACAUGACUGGUUUCCACCUCAGGCAUGCUUCCCAUCAAGUGCCUCAUUUAUAAAAGUGCCCGAAAGCCUGUCAUACCUCUGCCACCACUGUGCUGAUGUACCAUCUAACAAGCCACCCUGGUCAAAAUAGAAAGCUGUCCACUAAUUUCCAGUCCUAGGAUAACAGUGUCUGGGAAUGGAGGACCUAUGGUGGGGUGGCUGGAUCUGAUCCUGCCUCUUCCUACUCCCUGGCUCAGAAAGCUACGGACCCCAGUUUCAAGUACUUUCUGCUUGAGCGUGCAGGUGAUUGGUUUUACAUAAAUCAUAUUUAUACCUUUUUAUGCUACAAAAAUAAA